AGCGAACACCAAGCACUUGUCGUUUGAUGAAGUAGUGAAUCAGUCCAGUCCCAGCAACUGCACUGUCUAUUGUGGUGGAGUCACUACAGGCCUUACAGAACAACUCAUGAGACAAACAUUUUCCCCUUUUGGCCAAAUCAUGGAAGUUCGAGUAUUCCCAGACAAAGGCUACUCGUUUGUGCGGUUCAACUCUCAUGAAAGUGCAGCUCAUGCGAUAGUGUCGGUAAACGGUACGUCCUUAGAAGGUCACAUAGUGAAAUGUUACUGGGGUAAGGAGACUACAGACAUGGUGAGCCCCAUGCAGCAGGUGCAGGUACCCCAGCAGAGUAAAGUUGGUUUUGCUGCGCAACCAUACGGCCAGUGGGGACAAUGGUACGGCAACGCACAGCAAAUUAGUCAGUAUGUCCCUAAUGGCUGGCAGGUACCCACUUACGGCGUGUACGGACAGGCCUGGAAUCAGCAGGGCUUCAAUCACUUACAGGCUGGUGCGGGCUGGGCUGGUGUGGGUGCCGUGAGCAACGGAGGUGUCGUAGAGCCUGCGCAGGGAGUCAACGGGACCGUCCUGGCCAACCAGUCCACCAUGGGCACUGCAGGAUACCACACACACUGAUGGGGCGAUUGACGACUCUAGCACUCCACUGCGGCCACUGCAGGGAUCUACACACUCAAACACACGUCAAGAUAUGCCUGGCCUGGGGGAGGCGCUGUGCCAUUUUUCUUUUUUGUUUUUCUCCCUCGUCCUCCACCUGUAAUUUGAGACUUUGAGGCAGAUCUUGCUCGUCAUUGUGGGGUCGGGUUGCCCUACACCCGGAUUAAACAUCACACCCUGAUACACAAACGUAUUCACACAAACACACACACACCCUUACAAAUCCCCAAGUCUCUGGCCUGGUGUCCGGCUGACUUAUUCGGAGAGGACUAUGCCAUUUUUAACUAUAAAUGAAUAAAAUCAACAAUAACUGCAA